ACUGGGUGAGAUUCUGUGAUGGGAGGAUCCCACCGUCCUGAUAUUCGUCUUUGCAAAGCCAAUUAGCCAUUAAAUGCAGAAAAACAAAGGACCUGGCGUCUCCCUUUUAUUUUGUCAGCUAUUCUCUUCUCUAUGGUACUACCAAAUAAUGGCGUCUGCCCAAGUUAAUGUUUCCAACCGUUCAAAAGAGAUCUGGUCACAUAUCGAGGGAGAGCCACGGGUCUAUAUCUACCGGAGGACCCACGUUCCGCUGAGUUGAAAACGGUGGGUUUGACCUGAAAAGGGCCAACAAUGGCGGAGGAGAAUGCGACGCCGCUAAUCGUCAAGCACGACUAUCGUGAGGAUUGUGAGGCCUGCAGGAUCGAGCUUGCUAAGGAAACCGGCCAUGGAGCACCUUACAAGAUCUUAUUCAACGUCUGGAUUGUCACUCUUGCUGCAGCAUUGCCAAUAUCGUCGCUCUUCCCUUUCCUUUAUUAUAUGGUUAGGGACUUCCAUGUUGCAAAGAGGGAGGAAGAUAUAAGUUACUAUGCUGGAUAUGUGGGAUCUUCAUUCAUGCUUGGAAGAGCUUUGACUUCUCUUCUCUGGGGAGUGGUGUCCGAUAAAUAUGGUCGGAAACCAGUAAUACUUUUUGGCUCAAUGACAGUGGUUAUAUUCAAUACACUUUUUGGUGUUAGCGUAAACUUAUGGAUGGCAAUUUCUUCAAGAUUCCUCUUGGGAAGUUUGUGUGGAAUGCUCGGUCCUCUGAGAGCAUACGCUUCUGAAAUUUGUCGUAAAGAGCAUCAAGCAUUGGGGAUGUCAGUCAUUAGCACAUCCUGGGGCAUCGGCUUGGUGAUUGGUCCAGCUGUUGGAGGUUUUCUUGCACAGCCUGCAGAGAAGUAUCCCAAUAUAUUUUCUAAAGAAUCGCUGUUUGGGAGGUUUCCGUAUUUGUUACCUUGCAUUGUGAUAUCAGCCUAUGCUCUACUGGCAUUCAUUAUCUCAUUCUGGCUUCCGGAAACUCUUCAUCGUCAUCACGACGAAGACACAGAAGAAGAAGAAGAAGCUGCAUUGGUUGGAUUGCAGAACAGUUCUAAUAAGUCCAGUCCAUCGCUGAAACACUCGGUUUCUACCCUCAAGUUUUGUAUCCCUCAACCGAGCCUCUUGAGAAACUGGCCCUUAAUGUCUUCCGUAUUAGUGUAUUGUGUUUUCCAACUUCACGAUAUGGCCUAUACUGAGAUAUUUUCUCUGUGGGCCAACAGCUCAAGGAGGCUUGGGGGGCUAGGUUUCAACACAGACGACGUUGGUGAAGUUCUUGCCAUCUCAGGGUCUGGUUUGCUAAUCUUUCAGCUCUGCCUUUAUCCUUGGGUAGAGAGUAUAAUCGGACCUAUCAUGGUUUCUCGUAUUUCAGCUGUCAUUACGAUACCAUUGCUAUCGAGCUACCCCUUUAUAGCCAAAUUAUCGGGCAUGGCUCUCUUCAUUGUGCUUAAUUGCGCUUCCCUGUUCAAGAACGCUCUCUCUGUGUCAAUCACGACAGGGCUGCUGGUUAUCCAAAACAGCGCGGUGUCUCAAGAACACCGAGGAGCUGCAAAUGGCAUAUCCAUGUCUCUUAUGUCUCUUGCUAAGGCAGUUGGACCUGCCGCCGGGGGUACUUUGCUCUCUUGGGCUCAAAGCCGUCUGGACGCAAGCUUUUUGCCAGGGGUGCACGUCGUUUUCUUCUUACUGAAUGUGGUUGAGUUUGUCGGGUUGGCUAUGACCUUCAAGCCGUUCUUGACGCUUCCUCCGGCCGUUGCCGCCGAUUCCUAAACCUCUUGGUUUGGAGGAAUCCGCAGCCGCUAUCCGAAAAAAUACGCACGGGUAAACCUCCGGCCUAACCUAAUACUCUGCAAAUUAGGCUCGAUUGGCAAGUCACACUAGGCGAACAAUGUGUGGCAGAUGACAUGACCUGAAGCGUAGCGGGUUUGAAAUUUUGUGAUAUAAUUUUGAAAAUUUGAGAUAUAAAAGAUUAAUAUUUGAUUUGAUAUUUUAUGAAAAAAAAAAAUUUAUUUUGUAAAAAAUUAUACUCCAUAGU